AUGGCGUCGUCCAAUGUUGCGGCUCAGCUCACGCAGGCUCAAGUGCCGGCAUUCAAGUGCCCGCCGGGCACAAAGAUGCACUUCUUGGAACUCGGCGUCCUCCAGGCCGAUGAAGGAUGGCUGCUUCGUGGUGGAAACACCAGUACCACAAGCAAUAAGAACCCCGAGAACAAGCGUCGCGACUUGAUUGUUUUGGCGGCCUUGAUCGAAUACCCUGGUGUCGGGUUGAUUCUCUUUGAGACAGGAUGUGCAGAGGACCUCCAAAUCGCAUGGCCGGCUCCCCUGACCGAUGUUUUCCCCCGGACUGUGUAUGACGAGAAGCACAAGCUCCCUGCGGCCAUCAAGGCUACCGGCAACGACAUCAAAGACGUGAAAGCCGUUGUGAUCGGCCAUCUCCACUUGGAUCACGCCGGCGGGCUCGAGCACUUUUUGGACACGGAUGUCCCCAUCUAUGUGCACGAAGAAGAGUUCAAGCACGCGUGCUGGGCCGUCGCCACGGGCGCCGACUUGGGCGUCUACCUUCCGGGAUAUAUGAGCCUCGACCGUCUGAAAUGGAACACCUUCACAGAGGACCAUCUGGACUUGUACCAGGGUAUUACACUCCACCAUUCCCCGGGCCACACGCCAGGUCUUUGCGUGAUGCAGGUCAAUCUCGAGCAGAGCGGGACGUGGAUCUGGACAACCGAUCAGUUCCAUAUUGCAGAAAAUUAUGAGCUCAGUCAUCCGCACGGCUGGUUGGCCCGGGAUCACAACGCCUGGAUCAAGAGCUUGAAGAUGAUCCAGCGGUUGCAGAGGCUCUUCAAUGCGAAGCUGGUCUUUGGCCAUGAUACGGAUGUUGCAAAGAAGUAUAUGGGCCAGUCAUACGAAUGA